GGUGACUAUGGGCAGUCCCCGGGCUUAGGCCUCCUUAGACUUCAUAGCACCUUCAGGCACGACCUCAAAAUUUAUGCCUCAGAUGAGGGCAGAGUUCAAAUGACCGCUGCUGCCUUUGCCAAGGGUUUCCUGGCACUGGAGGGAGAGCUGACUCCCAUCCUAGUGCAAAUGGUCAAGAGUGCAAACAUGAAUGGACUAUUGGACAAUGAGAAUCAGUCCACUGAAUAUCACAAGGCAGUGAAAGAAAAACUGCAAUCUCUUUUGAAUGUUGACAGAGAGUUUAAUGAUGAAGAUUAUGAGACGUUUGUACCGACGAAGAGUGCCUCGGUCAUAAAGGCCAUGGCUUUUGUGGGCAACCCUAGACUGGCCUGCCUCAAGAUGCAUGCCAUGAUGGUCAGUCUGGUUGAAAGGGUUAACGAACUCAAAGAAGACCCAAAGGCAUCUGACAUGAAGCUAUACCAUGGGGAAUCGUGGGAGCUGAUGAACAGACGGUGGGGAAAGUUGGUGAAGGAUUUCAUCCUGGCCGACGGACAGUUUGACAUCAGUAAGGUUCCGGAUAUUUACGACUGCGUUAAAUACGACCUGCAGCACAAUUCCAAGGUAUUAAGAUUUACGGAUAUAGAGGCACUGCACACGUUAGCUAAGGCAAUGGCAGAUAUCGUUAUACCCCAGGAGUACGGAAUGACGGAAGACGAGAAGUUAGGGAUUGGUAGGUGCAUAUGUACCCCGCUACUAAGGAAGAUCCUGGCAGACUUCCAGAGAAACGAAGAUGGCGAUGAGCCCACUAGAUUGGAUUCCAGGUAUUCGGAGGGCGUGACGUCACCGCAGCGUCACGUCAAAACUCGCCUCUACUUCACCAGUGAGAGUCACAUCCACUCCCUGCUAACCAUGCUGAGAUACGGCGGACUCUGUGACUCAAAGGUGGAUGAGCAGUGGGCAAGAGCAAUGGACUACGUUGGUACAGUGUCCGAGCUGAACUAUCUGUCGCAAGUCGUCAUCAUGUUAUACGAGGAUCCAACUAAGACGUUAAAUUCCGACGAGCGUUUCCAUGUCGAGUUGCAUUUCAGUCCAGGGGCUUACUGCGUCGGUCAGAACAAGGAGUACCUCGGCGGCAGGGGGUACAGGCCCCAACAUGGGGAGAAAAAAAUGGUGAGUGACUGA